AUGAAGGCGACCCCCGUUAAAGAGGAAUGGCUCGAUACAUCAUCAAGCGCACCUGAUCACCUGAAACUUCCAGUUCAAAGCAAAGAGAUUAUAAAACCCAAUGACGAUAGCAGAUCCCAUUUUUCUCGUGACAGGUUUAUUCAGAAGCUGAAGCCAAACUUCCCGCAGCAGCCACCAGCCCCUGCAACUGAUCGGGCUCAGAGUUGUCGUGAUGGGGUUGAGCCAUCCACUUUACGACAAAGAAGGGAAUUUCUGAAUCGGAUUAGCGCAAGACCAUUGAAUUCAAAACAGACUAAUCGAUAUUCAAAUACAAAUCUAAAUGGACAUCAGUUUUCUAGACGCAAAAAUCAGUCAAACAAUUCAGCCCGUUUGAAUGUGCAUCGCAAUACUGUUGCUCCCGAUCGCAUACUCCCUAGACAAUCUCAGCAGGUUCAUCACUCUCCGCCCGAUACCCUCAAUGGUAACACAAGUGGCGACGGUAGUAGUAGCACCAUUCAAAUUAUUUGUACAUCGAGCAAAAGUUCUCUGGCAAAUGCUAGCGGCGCUAAUUCAUCCGAUUCCAUGGAGACUUUUGCAGCUAGUUCUCCAAGACACCAAAGGUUGAUAGGAGAAGGUUCCCGCACCCUGCCUGAUGAGAUGCUUCAAGAGGCUCUAACUAGUUUUAUUCGACAUCUUCCAAAUGCAUGGAUGCUCCCCAUCCUUCGUGCUGUAACAUUACAGGUUAUGACUGAACGGCUCCCCAUGCGCAUCAUGUCCUCCUCUGUAAUUUUUGAUGCUUAUUCUGAGGCCAAAGGGGAAUUGGUUCAUGUUUUAAAGAGUUCUGGCGUCCCUCUAGGCAAUACGAUGGGGCAACUCACAAAAUUGUCCCCCAAUGACAGAACUCGUAGACUAGAGGGAGUAAAAAGCCUCCAAAUGGGCACUAGUGACGAGAUCAUCACGUGCCCAAUUAGUUCAGACACCUCCAUACAACCUGGAGGUUCUCAUUUAGAUACCUCUUCUGGGUUGGUGGACCUAGUGGGCUUGCAGCUUGUGGUUCCCGCUAUUUUGCGCUUUCGGUUACAUCACAUAAAGCAAUUACGAAUCCAAGAGCUGGUCAAUCGCUGUGAUCAGAAUGCCCAGUUGUGCAAAGAGCAAGCAAAGACUGCACUCACACGCGAGGCAGCUGCUAUGCAGCUCUUUUUUGAUCAAGACGGCGACAUUCAGUUCGGAGCCCAUCUUCGGCAGGGAGUACGGCGUUUAAUGCAGCGUGGUUCACGCCUUCUCUUGCCGCACGCCAUGAGGACCUCAACUGCUGAUGUACAAGGCAACAACCCAGUGGCCAUCACAAGCUGGGCCGCUGUUUCGUUUGAGAACAUGCCCUCAAUUUUCCUCAAGGCUCGUGAGGACAGUACCAUCUUGAAGGCCCAACAGUCCAAGGGUGACUCCAACUCUCGUAGUAGCAGCCGCCGCCACCGAGUGCACCCAUUCUUUACAUGUGAGUUUGCCGCCACCUUAACGUGUGGCAGUGAUGGUGGUUGUAUCUUUGCGUCGGCGCUUGCGACUGAGUUUUUUGUCGGGAUGCCUUCUUUCAUUUCCCAACCCAUGAACUGUAUCGCAUCCGCGAUUCGCGCGACGCUGCACCGGAUGUGUUUGGGGGUCACGAAGGAGACAUUGCGACGUUCUAGCGUUAAGGCACUAGCGCAGCCGCACACCUUGAGGAUGCCGCCGUUAGAUUUGGCUCUCUUGUAUGUGCGAGGUUCUCAAGUGUAUUAUGCGUCUACCACUGGAAUCAAAGGUAAGCUUUUCUUCAUGAAUAGUGGUACCCAGGAUCGCUGUUCUGUUGAUUUGUGCAAAGACUGCCUUCUCGCGAAUGCUGGAGCUAGUUCUUCUCCGACUAGAAAAGUUAAUGAAGGCCACAACACAGGUCCCCUCGAUAACUCUAGCUCAACGGGAAAUACUACAUCAUUGACGCCAAUUGACGCUGGUCGUGAUAACACGGUACCCAAAGGUGGCACUUACGAUAUGCCCACUGUAGUGCGUGGUUUUGUGGAUCUGUCGAGCUUUGCUUCAUUUAACAUGGUUCCUUCUACGACCUCACGAGAGCAUAGUUUAGGUUCUAAAGAUAACCCGAAUGCCGUGAGCAUGAAUCAUCUCUUGAAGAAAUCAAUCCGUAGUAACCCGUCUCAGACCCGAAUCGUGUUUCCACUCGCUGUGGUGCUUAGCUGCAGUGAGUUCUGGUCGGCUAUGUCAGCUACACAUGCAGUGGACCUGCUUCGAACGCUAAUAGUCCUGGACCAUGAGGCGGCAAGCUACACCAAGGCAUUAAGGCUAGAGGGGAAAGCAGACAGUGAACAAAUAGUGCCUGUUGAAGAAUUUGUGGAGGCGCAGCGAGACAGGGCUGGCGACAGGAGUCUUGAACACAACGUCGCCGUACAGAAGGCAAAAAGAAUACGUGAGUACUUGAACUCGCUCGACUCGAUAUUUUUACCUGAUGCGCGUGCGCGCAUGGCGGCUUUCUACGACAAUCGCGUCAAGUACUAUAUCCAGAUCUGUAAGCUUAGCAAAUUGGACUCCUCACAAAUAUAUGCCGAAGAGCUUCGUGUAAUGGCCAACGAACGUAGGAAGGGAGGAGGAGUGCCUUGGUAUCCCGAUCCCCCGCCCUCUUUUAUCGAUGAGAAUUCGCAAACUUUACAUUUCGCCACACGCAUCCCGCGAGCGGGACUAGGAGCCCCGUCACGCGGUGAUGGGGAUGAUGGCCAGACCCCUAGCGAUCCUCUGCAGGUAAAAUGGCAAGGCCCCACCGCGUGGAGGGACUUUCGCAGACCCAGCACGCGUGCUGCGGUGGAUGAGCAGUCCUUGUGUGACGCCCUGGCCUCCUUCCUCGCGAUGGAGGCCUCCAUCACCGGGCGAAAGAACUCCCAGAACGGUCCCGGUGGGAGCCACUUUAAUAGGGAUCCCGACACACUGUCCACGACGGUUGCCACACUAACCCCCCAAACCUCAACCUCAAUGGAUUGUAUCACAAUCCCAGUCCCGGCGGAAGAUGCCACUUCCGCCCCUUCAACCAGGAGUAGUGACAUCAAUAACGGAGAAGCCCCUCUGGAUGUUCAAGAGUCGAGUAAUUUGGACUACCCUCGCGUUCCUUUGGAGGUGUUUAACAAUGCCGAGGCUGCGUCCAGCAUGGAAGGAGUCGAGGGCGGUGAGCCGUACUCCGUUGUGGUGGUCCUACUUCCGGCGGAUAUUAUCUUCGCUGAUGCGGGCAGACGCAGCAGAGGGAUGAGCGCGAUUCACCAUGCGCGUCGCAGCUAUUCACAGAAGCAGCAAAAGCAAUAA